AAUCGACAGUAAUUUAAAAUGAGUUAAUAUCAUGGUGAACAUUAAAAACAUAUUUUUUUUGUUUCCAUUCAUCUUGUACUGUGAUAAUGUAGCGGCUUACAAAUAUUUAGGGGUAUUUCCCUUUUUCGCUAAGAGUCACUACUUUCUCGGCAACGAACUUAUGAAAGGAUUAGCAAAAGCAGGUCAUGAAGUUACCAUUUUGACAGUGUACGAAGAGAAAGAUCCACCGAACGAAAAUUAUAAACAAAUAGUUUUGAAAGAACUAUUAAGAGAUCAAAUAGCUCUAAUAACAAGAAAUACAAAAGCUAAUGCAGACACAUUCAAAGAUUACUUCUCGUAUCCAACGAAACAUUAUUUAAAUUUAAUAGAAAUAUUAGAUGCGAUAACAGAAAUGGUACUGAAUCAAACAGAAGUACAAAAAAUGAUUAAAGAAAAACCAAAAUUCGACGCAGUUAUUAUAACUCAUUUCAACUUGGAAGCUUUAAAAGCUCUAGCUCCGCAUUUCGGAGCUCAUCAAGUGAUUUUUUACAAUCACGGCGCGAGUAAUUGGAUAAAUCAUUUAGUCGGUACUCCGAAUAAUCCUUCAUUCGAUCCCGUGUUAAUUCUGGGUUAUACUGGACAUAUGAACUUUAAAGAAAGAUUGAUUAAUACUUGGUUUACCCUGAUGCAGUAUCUAGUUAAUAAAAUCAUUCAUUAUCCACACCAAAAUGGAUUAGUUCGUAAAUAUAUUUCCGAAGAUUUGGAUUUGAAUGAAAUAUUGUACAACGUUUCUUUAGCUUUAUACAAUUCCCAUGUCAGUUUCGAUCGACCGGUUGCGGCCGUACCCUGCGUCAAGGACAUCGCCGGGUUUCAUAUAAAACCUCCCAAAACUUUACCGGAUGAUUUACAAAAGUAUUUAGACGAAGCGAAUGAAGGCGUGAUAUAUUUCAGUUUAGGUUCGCAAGUCAAAAGUAUUGAUUUACCUUUACCAAUAAGGGAUGGUAUAAUGGAAGCUUUUUCUAAACGUAAAGAACGAAUUAUAUGGAAAUUUGAAGAUGACAGUUUACCUGGUAAACCGGAAAACGUCAAAAUAGAAAAAUGGGUACCUCAAAUGGAAUUAUUAGCGCAUCCAAAUGUAAAACUGUUCAUAACCCAUGGGGGAAUAUUAAGCAGCAUAGAAGCCGUAUACCAUGGAAUACCUCUUAUAACUAUACCUAUUUUGGGAGAUCAAUUGAAAAAUGCCAUUCUAGCUGAGAGCUUAGGGUAUUCUAAAACCAUUUAUAUGAAUGAUUUGAACGAUAAGCAUCUAUCGGCAGCCAUCGAAGAAGUCGUAUCCGAUAAAAAGUUUGCAGAAAAGGCGAAGGCUCGUUCAAAGGCUUACCACGAUCGACCUAUGGAUCCAAUGAACGAAACUGUUUAUUGGUUAGAGUACAUUGUGAGGCAUAACGGGGCCCCACAUCUUAGAGUACCGCAACUAGAUUUAGCUUGGUAUCAAUAUUAUUUAUUAGACGUUGUCGCUUUUAUAUUUUUAAUCACAUUUUUAAUGAUUUAUUUGAUUAGAAUGGUUGCGAAAAUUAUUUAUCGUGUUUUGUGUUUUUGUUGUCGUUUAAAAAAAGUUAAAAAACAAUAAAAAUAUGCAACGAAUUCUAUAAUUAUCAUUAUUGUUUUAUUUACUG